ACCCGGGGAAGCCAACCCCCGCGCAACUUCGUCCUUCCGAGAUACGUACGCGUAUCGCGCACGUUUUUUCGCUAAAAAAAAACCCGAUCCUACGCACUCCGAUGCGGAACUCGCUGGAUUUUUUUUUUUUUUAUUUCUUUUUUUUUCUCACCGCGGGAAGCGGGUGUGAAGUUUCGUCGACAUAAAUAAAUUUCCAAUGAAAUAACAAGUGCCUGAUAUGUUAGCUAAUUUAUACGAGGCGAAUGUGGAUUGUACCGAUGCACUUUCGAACAGAUAAUAAAAUUAAGUAAACAAAAUAAGGGGCUAGCGAAUUCAAACGACUUUCUGAACUUAUUCUAUGGAUUUUCCUCCCUUUUUUUCAUUACUCUUUUAUUUCAUACCCCGAUAGUCUAAUCUAUAGGGUCCGUGAAAUGGAUGCGUUAGAUUCUUUCUCUUUCGUUUUUAUUUCAAAUUGAGAAUAUGCGAUGGUAACGAUAACGAUUAUUCUUAAUUAAUAAUAUCUAUCGAAUGGAUGUAACAGAAACGGAAGAAAAAAAAUGUUUGGUAUAAAAAACGUCGUCACAAAAUAAACGUGCAAACUGAUUCGCGAAAAAUGUGAAAGCUUCGGGUAGACUAGCGGUACAUAGUGUAGUAGUCGGGAAUUGGUUGGGCGAGGAGAGAAAAAAAAAAAAAAGGAAAAAAAAUCCCCAAUGUGCGGUUCGGCAGUGAUUAAAACAGCUGUAUAUAUUCGGAUUAUCGAACGAGCUUUCGUGAAUAUUACGUGAAAAUGCAUAAACAAACGCGUGUUAUACCUCGUGUAUGUUCGGCAUUUCGCAUACACGUGGGAAAAAGUAGUUAAUUAAAACCAAUAAAAUAAAUGAUCGCCGGCGUUUAAUCGUGGGGAAAUCAAUAACGAGAUAUGUACGGUGAAAACGGCGUACGAAUGGAAAAACAUUUUUAUCCGUAAUUUCGGAAAAUUAGUCGCCGGUAAUUCACCCACGGUGACACGUGCGCGAGUUUUAUGGAAAAAAAAAACAAAAAAAAAAUAAAUAAAUAAUUAAACAUGUGUCGUCCGUAUUUGUACCCGUAGUUGAUACGGCGAAAAUGCGAAACGCUACGUUACUUUAUUACUUUUGACCGCUUAAUUUUGACGACCCCGUGCUCGGGGGUAGGUUAACGUACGUGACGCGACGCGACGGUGCGCGGGACGCGAAGCGACGUCAGCUGAUUAAACGCUUGUGUGAAAAUAAAAUUUGAGGAGAGUACGGAAGAACACGUGCUAACGGCGAAUGUUGAAAGAAAGGGGGAAAAAGGAAGAAGGGAGAAAAAAAAAAUUAGAGAAAUAAAAAUUACACCAACCCGUUAAGCACACCUGGGUGAAAAGUGUCAGAAAAAUGUGACACAUGAUCGUAAUUUUCAUGCAUAAAGAGAGAGAGAACGUAAGGGAGAAUCGGGAGUACCGCGAGCAUGUGGGGGAAAUUACGUAUCGCCUUUUCACAUAAAUAUGCAUAAAGUAACGUUACGUAAAUUCACACACGGGGAUUUAUAACAAACUCGCGUACACCUAUGUGUAUCAACUGCGGCAUCGGCACAGGGUGCAGCUUUGUGUCAUGUGAACGACGGGAGUUAUUUUUUUCAUCAUCUUCCACCACCGUGCCGAUCAAGAUGUUCAACUGUCUAUGGAACUUCUUUGACUGGCUGGACCAGCCGGUGACUAGUUCAACACCCGACAUGGACAACAAGAAGGUUGUCCAAGGCGCUCAGCCGGCGCUGGUCCAAAUGCGACGGAAAAGCGGCGGUGGUGGUGACGGAGCGGGAAUCGCGGUCUCUGGGAUUCGCCGUCGUAGCGGACCCCAAGGACUGCGAUCACCCGCCGCCAAAAGGCCCCUAUCAGCACCGGUCGCGUUGCAGGGUUGGCUGCACAAACAGGGCUCCGAAGGUCUCAUGCUCUGGAAGAAACGCUGGUUCGUUCUCUCGGAGUAUUGCCUCUUCUAUUACAAAGGCCCCGAGGAGGAAAAAUUACUCGGGUCGAUACUCCUGCCUUCUUACCGUGUGACGGCGUGCAGACCCGAGGACAAGGCCAACAAAAAGUUCGCUUUCAAAGCCGAACACGCUAAUAUGAGGACGUACCAUUUUGCUGCUGAUUCGAGGGAGGCGAUGAACCAAUGGGUGAACGCCUUGACUCUGGCGUCGUUGCUUCAGGAUCCGAACCCCGGGGGAGGGGAAAUGGCGAUCGCUCUCGAACUCGCGGGACCGGCGGACGGCGAGAGGAGCGCUCGACCGAGCGUUUCCUCGAUAUCUUCUAUUUUGAACCAAAGCGCGGACGACAGCGACAGCGGGUUUCACGGCUUUCAAUCGAGGGACGACCCCAGCCACGCGUCCAACAAUAAUUCCAGUCCCAACAGCGUGAACACCGCGUCAUUUCCAACUCUCAACAAUAAUCACGACGUGGCGCAACCCCAGCCCGUCGUCAACGGAUGGAUGCAACAGUCCCCGCAGUACGGACAACCCGGUACGUCGCAGCAACAACCCCAGCAACAACAACAAGCACAGUACGCACCGCUUCCGGGACCUUCUCAUCAACACCAGCCACAAAUUCAUCAGCACGUUGUCCAUCAACACAAACCCAUGCAGCAACAACAGCAACAGCAGCAACAACAGCAACAGCAACAACAACAUCAGCAGCAGCAACAGCAACAGCAACAGCAGCAACAACAACAAAAUCCUCAAGCUGGGACGAGUAACGUGCAGACGGCUCAACCGUUGCCUCGAAAUUUUGGGCAACCUUUGUACGCCAACGCCCCGCCGAAACCUCGUAGAUUAACGGAAGGGUCGAAUGAAUACUCGACGCCCUCGCCGGACCUGGAUUCACUGCAUCCGGAUUAUCGAAAGUCUCCGGUAUCACCGUGCGACGGUCGUAUGACGACAAAAAGUCCCGCCUCGGAAUACGACAGAGGAAGUGUAAUUUAUGUCACUAGAAUGACGCAGCCUCCGCAGACUCUCAGAACCGAUAAGUCUGGAUUGAAUUAUGGAUACGCCCAGACUUCUCAACCCACCGAAAGGCGGACACCUGAUACUUACGGAAGGAGCGCAAAACCCAGAACUUCGAGGGGGAACGGUGACUACGAAGACGUUUACGGGGCGCCCCAAUUGUAUCAGCGACCCGCGGGACCCGUCGGUUACACCAAGGGGCCGGCACCGGCACCUAUCCCCAUUCCGGUUUACGUGCAACAACAUCAACCACAGCAUCAGCAGAUCUACGCGGUUCUUCCGACUCAUACAGCUCCAGUAAUGAGACAACCUAGGGCACAACCCCCACCCCGUCCGCACAGCGCUGAUUUCUUAGAGUACGAAGCAACGAGAAGACCUCAACAGCAACCUCACGUUCAACCUACGGGGAACGUCGCGAGCCAACAACGUCGUCCUCAAAGGCCCAAGUCGAGUCUCGACGUAGUCAAUCCGUCCGACGUGCCGACUAACGACGGAUAUUUUUACUCCGAAGAAAGGUAUGCGGCACAGAUGCGUCAGUCAGCGGUUUACCUGCAUCAGACACCGCAGCACCAUCAGCAACAACGUAAUCAGUCGUUGUCUCGCGCCGCGACGCCCUCCAAGACGACGUCCUCGAGGGAACGCGACGCCGAGUCCGGCGUCGGUAGUCUCAGCGAAACCUCCAGUUCUGCUCUCAGACGGUCCCAGAGAGACCAAAACCCCAUCCAGCAACACCACGUCGCCUCGUCUCAUUCGCUGCAACGACACUCCGAAAUAACUAACGAGUCACUCGUAAGACGAUCACUGCGGGAACGGAGCUACGAUCAGGCCUCGGGCAGGGAACAUUUGUUCGGCGGUGUUCCGGGUGAAGGGGCCACGGUACCUAGACGGAUACAACGUGAAUCUCGUACGGAGUACGACACGUCAACCGGUGGUAGGGCAAGGCGUUGGAGCGAACAGCAAUUCGCCAGGUCAGCGUCUGCUCGUCUACCUCGCACUCGACAUCGGGUUGACCGGGACGACGACGAUUACGCGGAAAGAUCGUCGGGACAGGACUCGCGCGAUGGCGAACGAAAAAUACAACAGAGAGAGGAGUCCAUGAAACGUCUGCUGGAGUGGAAGCAGCGUAUGCUGCAGAGUCCUUUGACGAGAAAACCUACCGGAUCCGUUAACCGCGGGUUGGCUCAGAACGAACUCUCCAGUUAUUACAAACAGCAGGCCUUCCUGGAGCUUGCGGCCCACGAGGCUAGCGUCGCCGAAGCUCGACAUUCGAGGCGAAGGGACGAAGGACACAGGACUCAUCCGAGGAGCAAAAGCACGGACGGGAGACGUUCGGUUACCAAUAACGUCUCGCGAUACAACAGCUACUCGAGCGACGACGAAGAGUUGGGCAACGUGAGGCACAAGCGAACCCGUAGACCCUCCCACGCCAGCAGGAGCCCCCGGCAGAUUCCGGACGAGCGGACGUCUUCGAAUUCCUCCGCUAUAACAUCCCCGAACUCCGCGACCGCCACUGCGACCGUAGCCAACGACAACCUCGUGACCGCGACCACCAACGUCGCCAUGAUCGCCGCGAAUACAACGACUACCUGCAACGCAACAGUUAGAAUAAACACGACCAACAACAGCAACAACAACAACAACAACUACAAUUUCUCGGGCUCUGGAAAUCCGCACCCCUACUCCGCUAAUUCACCCGUCGUUCAUCCGUCACCGUCUACCGCUCAGUGCGAAUACAACCGACGCAAAAACAUCCCCGUAUCGUCGUCACGUGGCGGUGCUAACUUACCCGGCGGUAUCCCGCCGGACGCUGGUUACGGAGAUUUUGACUUUUCCACGUCUUCCUACGAGAUGAUCAACCCCAGAUCUUCGGAAGGGAGAUCGGGAAGACAGCAAGAUUUCGAACAACGUGGCGUUUCGCCAUCGGACGAUGGCGCCAAAUGGCAGCAGUUGAAAACACCGAAAAAACCUACGGGGAUCUUGAAACAGACGACUUUGUGUCACGCGCCGAACGAACAGUCGGGGAAAAAUGAAGGCAGACUCAAUACCCUGGCUGGGUAUAUUCCGAACGAAAAUUGGCUGGGGCAGAAAAACGUGCAGUGGAAUUCCCGCGACGACAAAGAAGAUUGGGACCUGAAAAUCGACGAAACCAAAGUCAUUAAGGAAUUCUCUUAUCAGUACAUAAAACCCGACGACAAUCAGCUGCCGAGAAAGGAAGAGGAACCGUCGGCGCAAGAAAGGGACUCCGUCAACGGUGUGCAGUCGAGAAUUAAGUCCUUCGAACUGAAUUUAGACGAGACUCCAGCCUCGUUGAAAGAGUUCCUCGCCAUGCAGGAGCCGUUGAAAGUUUCCCCGCCGCAAGCGACGGAGGCUCACGUUUCUAGGCUCGAUUCGACGAGAAAAACUACGGUGAUCCGAGACUUUGCUCUGGGCGAAUCUAAUUCAGAGACAAGAGAGGAGGAUCAGGCGAACGCGGACGACGGGGGUUUCAACUCAUCCUCGAGUGGACUCGAUUGUAAUAAAUCGGUUAAAGAUCUCCUCGCUGAUUUCGAACGGAAAUCUCAGCAGGCCAGGAGGCAAGAGAAUGACAAAAUUGACGACACGAAACACCGCGGUGUGUUCAGUGACACCGAAACCCUCCUAUACGACACAGGAAGUGACUUGGAUCAGCCGGAAAAAGGUCAAACGAAUGAGAGGACUCGGAAUACUCAAUGUCCGGUGAUUAACGAGGAGAAUUAUACCGGGACGAUUAAAAGAAAAAAGGAUUUCGUGGACAGGAGAAGACCGACGCAAAACGACGAGAAACCUGAACCACCGAAUAACAGCAAUGCCGAAGAAGUUAUAAAUCCUGAUUACGCAAGGCUCAGUGUAACGGAAUCUCUAGUCACGCACGACGACAACCUGUCGGAAAGUGACCCCGUCAGUCCAGACUCAAAACCGGAAGAGUUUAAUCCCGAAGAACAUUACAUGCCGAUGUCACCGAGGAAGGCGAUUUUGGAUCCCGCCAACGAACGUCCUAACUCCAAGAUGAUGGAAAGUCUUUUCGCGAGCCUCGAUCACGAGGAGAACUCUUACGUAGAGAUGAGUCAAAACGGCAUGGGUCAUUCGUUGCUCGCGCCCGACAAUAACGAGAGAAAACACGACUCCGGCGAUUACUCGACGCUCGAUCCGCCUCACUACGAGUUCGUUUGCGUAGCUGACAAUAAAAUGGAACCCGUCUACAUGGAAGUGAGCCAGCUAGCGGACAAGGAGGACGACGAAUCUUCGGGUAAAAAAUCCAAGCCAAAAAGAGGAGAGCAGGGCGGCGACGCCCUUCCGCCGAGACCCGAUCUUCCGGAUAUCCUCACCACUCUGAAGUCCGACAGUUCUGACGCCGACGACGAGUCGUCGAAGGACCUCGAUUCCCUCGACGCGCCUCGUCACCCGCGUUUCAGUCUCUCCGACACUUUUCGUCCCGCGUCUUACUACCUCGGUGCCAGUCAAGCUCUCAUAGCGGAACUGCACGACUCUUCGGACAGCGAACUGGUCUCUCCACCGCCUAUUCCAACGUCGCCGCCUCCCCUGGAAGACCUCGACUCCCUCGAAAUUCAGGACUCGUUACCGGAGGUGAAAAAGGUAGCACCCCAAGUGGCGGCUAGUCGCGACAGCCUGAACAGCCGCGAUUCGCCGAAGUCGUGGAACAAACCAGCCGGUCAGGUCGAGUCGCACAGACCUCAGUCGAGGUUUUCGGACACUACGAUAAGCUCGACGUUCAGGGACAGCAGAAUGUCACUGGAGAGUGCGUCCGGAAGCGAUUCGGUGGAUCUCAGAAGUCCCGAAGAGGAGGCGAGGCACCGUCAGCUGAAAAGACGGCCCGUCAGCGACGAGGUGUGCGAGGUACUCGACAGUUUGGACGAGCUGGAAUCACUGGGCAGUCGUUUCGACGGGGCCAGUAUCGACCUCGACCAAUACCUCGAAGAACUUCAGGCGAGGGACGCCUUCAACGUCGACUUGUACGCGAAGGAUUUGAGUUACAACAGCAUAUACGGUUUCAACGAGUCCAUGCUGGUCACGGACAAACAUCUCCAGAAAACGACGAGUCAAGAGAUAUCCGGCAAACAAAAUCUCCAGACUUCUUACAACAGUCUGGACCAACCCUACCGGUACGGCGUGAAGAACAAGACGAGUUCGGCCAGUAGUCUGCCGUCGAUGAGGGUCAGCGAUCUUCCCCCCAUGCAUCAGCACUCGCAAUCGUUCACGGGGGACGUUCACUACGAGAACGUGGUGAAUUUUUCGCCACUUCGCGGUUCGCCUGGCGUCAGAUCGGAACACGGGGACAGAGGGAGAGCCGCCGAAAAUUACGGCAGACAAAAACCUCAGCAACGUCGAAGCCCGUUGGUUUCUCACAGCCGGGAUUCCAGCUACUCCGUAGCUUCGGGAAACGCCUCGAUAUCCACUUCGGUGGCUUGCCAAAGACCCGGAAGCGCCCAGUCUUCCCUGAUGACCACUCCCAUGGGCUCUGUAUCGCCCGCGCCAAUUUCCGGAGUCACUGGAUCGACGAACGCAACUUAUAAUUCCCAAGGGCGGCACUCUAGGGAGACGAGUCAAGAUUCGGCGCGAUACUCGCUGUCUCCGAAUCACAGAUCCUCGGCGAGUCAAGACUCCGGGCAAUAUCCUCCGUCUACGUCGACGGUGAAAACGGCUUAUUACCCCGCGAAUCAGGUGCAGAAUGAUCAGAGCGGGGCGCCUUAUUAUUACAGCGAUUUGCAAGCUGGUGUCAGCGGAGUGGACGCUCUCAUGAAUCGAGCUUCCGGUUCUUCGAGGUUACCGCAGCUGAACAAUCAGCGAGGAGACGCGGCCCUCCAAGGGGCCAGUAAAAGAAACGAUAUCGGCCGCAUGGUGAACCCGAUUCCGAGGCAAAUGCCCAGGCAAAUACAAGUCGAGGAUAUCGACGAGGCCAGGCGAAUAGCUGCCGAAUUGAGGAAAUCCACGACCCAGUAUCUGGCUGAGAAAAAAGCGGGGCUUCAAGUGGACAGAAGAAAUAUAUACGAGGCCGACACACUACGGAGGGUCAAAUCCACCGAUCCUCUGCCCGACGUUUCUAGGCUCCCCGAUCUCAACUCGCGCAAUCUCUACCCGCAUGGCCUGCGCGAUAAAGACGACGAUCCGGCGACGAGAUAUGCCGCGCAACACAUGGAAGCGGGUGUUCGCCACGCCACGCAUCGGAGGUCAAGGUCUCUCGAAGGACUUCUAGAUGACGCGGAACUGCAGAAUUUAGUGGAGCAACGAAACAGAGCCAGUCAGGCGGCUGCGGCGGCUGCGGCUGCGGCGGCGGCCGCGGCGGCGGCGAACAUGUCCGGGCAAAGAUCGGUGGAAGCAGAAAGCGCGAACUACCGAUCAUCGAUAGUCGAAGGUAGAUUCGAGGGAGAAGAUCCUUGGGAACAGGACUCUCUGUGGAGGGAAAGUCUGCGCAGAGUUAGUCUUAGACACGCGAGAUCCCUCGACAAUUUGGAAGCGACGUCCGUCGCCUCUACGGUCGCGGCUCAAACGUCCAGAAGAAUAGCGACGGGUGGUUCGGCAGCGACCGCCAAUACGUCGAGGGGUCGUACGAGGAUCACCAGGGGUGCUACGUACGUGAACGACAUCGUUUUGCGCCGCGAUAUCGUCGCGGAGGAGUCCGGCGAGCGUCAAAGAUCGAGAAGAAGAACGAGCGGGGAUCGGGAAAUCGACGCUGUGCAAACGGGAAGUGACAAGGACGCGGAGGACGAGGAGAGGAACGAGGGCAACCCCGGGGACGAGAAUGACGAGGCUUACGAAAGGCUAGCGAUGGACAGAAUAGGCUCGGGCGGGUACAUUUGGGAUCCCGAGAACGAGGCCUAUCGCAAACAGGGACCUCUACCCCGUGACUCGGCGGCGGGUGUUCGUCAUCCGAAUUUUUUAGCCGAAGGCAACCUUCCCCCAGCUCCGACGAUGGCGGAGACGCGCGGGUCUACGGCAACGUCCGGUUCGUUCGAAAUCGACCGGGAGAAAUUGCGACAGUGGGACCUACUUUCGAGCGCCUGCUUGCUCCAGGAACAGCAGCGGACGUCAAUGGCGGAAUCGGGGCGAGGGUUGCCAGCGACAACGAUCAGGGGAGACGGAGAUCAUAUCGAGGCUCGGGUCCCCGUCCCGACGUCGGGAUCGGAGGAGCAAACGAUGACGGCGACGUCGGGAAUUUCGACGUCCGAUACGCGCCGUGUCCAGGUGAUUCAGAGCGUCGCGGGGGAGGAUCGGGAUCGCCGGGAGGAGGAGGAGGAGGAGGAGGAGGAGGAAGAUAUGGUGUCGACUCUGGGAGCGGUGACGGCGGAAAUUUGCAGCAGUGCAGUCGCCGCUACAGCGUCCGGGUCGGGAUCGGUGAUCGGACGGGACCCACUGCCACCCAGGGCCAUCAGCACGUCGCAGUUGUCUCAGAGAACGCUGACGCAGCCUCCUCUUCCUCGCGGAAACGCGCACCACCAGUCGCAUCCGGUUCAACAAACAACGCUUCCGAUUACCCGCCCGUUAGAACGUACCGUCGCCGUUAGCGUCGGAGAUGUCAGGAUGACGUCUGCUGGGGAGGCGAGAAUCACGUCGCCGGGAAGCGGUCAGUUGAAGCAGGAACAACCAGUGCAGAGGAGGAUGGCUGGGAAUCCCGCUGGACCCUUAAGGGUGAUAUCGCCUAACGGACAUCGGGUUUCCAGUCCGAACGACAGCGAAUCUCAUUCGCAUAGUCCCGUCGAACGAACAAUCGGCAGCCCCGUCGGAAGGGACUUCGAUAGAAUCGAACGUGUCGGCGAAGUGAAUGUGAAUGGUCACGGUAGGCAAACCCAUCGCAACACCAACAAUCGGGACAACAAUGAACUUCUGAACAAAAGGCCUGGUGAAUAUCAUCAGAGAGGAACCGGAGGUGGUGACCUGGUUCAGGUGUCGGCGGGAGAAUUGCUGGGACGUACCCACGAGGAAUUGGUUUUGCUACUGAUCCAACUUCGCCGGCAAGGUGCGACCCUCUGCAAAGCGAUGGAGACUUGUCACGUCGAAAUCGAAUCUCAGGCCAGACUCGCGGAACUUGACACGCCCAGACGACUCGAGAAUUUGCAGAAGCUAGAAGAACUCAAGAAACAUCUGAUGGAUCUAGAAAAACAAUACGAGAAAGGCAAACCGAUGGUUAACCUCGUCGACAAUAUGGUGAAGCUCGGAUCGUUGUACAACCGCGGUACCGCGACUAACGGUACCGGCGGGGUGUCGGGUUCCCGCCACGAUCUCGUCCAGGAAAAGACCAGGGAGGUACGCGAUCGUCUAGAAUUCAAUCAGCGAGUCCAAGAGCAGCGACUUCUCGCCGAAGAACGCAGAGACUGGGACAGACUCAGCCCUGACCACGGACAGCUCCAGGCAAAAGUACAGCAGCUUUACAAACUGGACAGGCUACUUCAAGAGGAGUCUGGAACGCUGCACAGUCUGCAACAGGACAAGGAGAUAUUGGAAAAGGCUUUGGGUGGAUUAAGGAACAAACUGCAGGGAAGCAGAAGCAAUCCGGUGGAAGUCGAACGCUACCGGAAACAGCAGUUACUACUGGAACGGGACCUUAGCAGGGUCAGACUUCUACUGGCUCAUAAUUCCAAGAAACUCGAAGAGACGGUAGCCGAAAAUGCCAGACUCGAACAGGAACUGGUCGUACUGAGGCAAAAACUUCAGGCGUCGCGACGCUACGCCGGUAACGUUACGAGGGAUCCUUCCGGGACGACCGCCGCCCUCGAAGCCGAGCUAAGGCGAGUCCAGCAACUCGUCGGCGAUCUGCAACGCCAGAGACAAGAACUCAGCAUUCAAGUUAGACAGUUGACCGAAAAAUCGCACAGUCUCGUGCAGCAGAUCAGACCGCAGCACGUAAACGCGCCGCAAGUCCAUCACCGUUCGAAAAAACGGAGUCACAGUUCCUGGCUCGAAACGGAUCUUGACUCGGGGAUGACUUUGGAUCACGGAUUGGACUCGCCGACGAGUCCCGCGCCGUCGUCGUCGUCCCAUAGCCGUCAAAACGGAAGUCCGCAUCUUCAGCACGCGCAGCACACUCCGUCUCCUCAGUACAAGGAGCCGCCGACCCCUUACAAAGAACCUUCGCAACAAUCUUACAACGGUAGCGGCCCUCACAGUAAUCAACAUCAACGAAUUUCACAGUCGCCACAAAAUCAAAUAUCGGCGUUAUCGCCCCAACUUCGCGAACAAAUUCAUCAACAUCAACUCAAGCAACAGCAGCUUCGCGAUCAAAUGCAGGGUAAGGGAGGAAGCCCGAUACAAAAUAACGUCGGACCUCUGUACGUGAACACGGAUUCCAGGAGACAUACAGACGGUCCGAAACACCAUGAAUCAAACUCCAGCAUCGGCCCUGUCCCUCCCCCGGAAUAUUUGCCCCCGCCUCCCCCGCCGCCCGUCGAGGAAACUCUACACAAUGGGAAUUACGCGCUGAACGAAGAAAAUAAAUUCGCGGGUUUGAUACACGGUCGCGAGAAACAAGAAAUAAAAACCGUUCGGAUAGUAAAACGGGAAUCGGAACGCAGACAGAGAGAUCGAGGGGAUCGAACGGGAAACAUCGGUAUUCCGUUGACGAACGGGCUGCAGGUACCGGGAGGCGCGAAAAGAUUGAACGACGACGAUUUCGGAGGAUCCCAGCAGUUCGAGAAAGCUCAGCUAGAUAGAGUUAUGGAGGAGUCAGCAAUGAUUCACGCACAGAGUACGGUACAGCUUUCGGAGAUGGACGACGUGCAAUUUCAACGCAGUAUGUCCCUCCCACGGGGUUUCGGUGGUCAACGACCGCAACCAGGAAUUCAUCAGGGUCCGGUACUUCCGCCACCGCGUAGCGACAGCAUGAACGCUCUCAGGAACAUGAUGGUCCGUCGUCACAGAGUUCGGUUUGAGAAUCAAGACGGGAGUUCGGACAGCACUUUAUCGCCGCAUACCGAAAGUCCGAAUUCGGGAUCGCAGAUACCGAUGAGUUCGCCGAACUACUCGAUGAGUCCUCCGUACAGUCCGAGUCAUCAGAACUAUUCACCUCUUCAGUAUUCCAGAGGCGGAGGGCCCGCACUGGGACCCGGUCAUCUGCAGCAAGUGCCUUCGCAAUAUUAUCCCCAAUACGUUCCCCCCCAAACGAUGGGCCUACCGAUUACCGCGGGAGUAAUGAAAGGGAACGAAGUAUUGUCGAAUCCCGGAAGCCCCGUGACUACUUCACCUCCGAGUGCCCACGAACGGCUCUUCGGCUCCGCAGCCAGUAUAAACAGUCUGCAUGACUCGCCCCAGCUGUCUCCCGUCUUUAAAAGCGAAGCGGCCAGACAAAUUAUCAAGGAGAUGGCGGAAAAAAGAACGGAGGGCCCCAGGAGGCGUCCCGUACCCAAAGAAAAGAGGAGGCAUUACACCGUGUCCAGCAGCAAACCGAUUCUAGAUCUCGAAGACACCUUCUCCAAGAUGGGAAUGGGUCGCGCGAGGGAUGAUCUCGACAUGGAACGCGCCUUGAGGCCGCGCAGCAACGCUCCCGAUGUGGUGAGAUCGACCCUCAGCCAUAAGGAGUUGAAAUACAACGAAAGCACAAUCGACAAUCUGCUCGGCACUCCGAAUAAAAUCCUCAUCCCCGAACGCUACAUUCCGGAGCAGACUCCAGAACUGACCGCCGAAGAACAAGAACACCGUUUGAAAAAAGCUGAAUCCAUCAGGAAGAUGUUGUCGGAAACAACUGUUACAGCCCCCGAAGGAGCCGAGGACGAAAUUGAUCAGCCGAAAUCAAACACUUUAAAAAAAAAAGUAGCUGAGGAAAAACGUCAGCGGGAACACAUAUUACAGUUGAAUCAAAUUUUGGCCAAACAAGUUAUGGAGAAGAGUAAGAUGGUAGCUGCGAAAGCACUGGCCACACUUCCGCUGCAACCUUCAGAGCCGAGUUUCGAAGAAGAUGACCUUUCGCCCGUGACCCCGUUGCCCUUGUACCAGCAGAGGGAGAAUUUUUAUUCCUAAGCACAAGGUAAUUAAAUGUUAACAAUAGCAUGGUUAACGUAUAAUUAGAACCGAAGCGAAAUUACUGCCAAUAUAUAAUUGAUAAUGAAAGACGAAGGAAGCUCUAAAAAUCAUUACACAAUACCGCAAGGAUUCGUGAUAGAGGAAACGUGUACAUACCAUAAAUUAUGUAAUAAAAUUAUUUAUACGCAGCUGCGAGUGAAAUAUUAUGUAAAAAAUCGAGCACAGAAUCGACUCGAGCUGCGGUUGAAUAUGUACAUGAAAAAAAAAAAAAAAGAAAUCCUAAACUAAAAAUAUCAAAGAACUGACUGACGUUUUCAUCGCGUAUAAAUAUAUAGUUAUUAAAAAGUAAUGAUUACGGUGUGCAUAAUGAAAUUAUGAAAAGUGGCCAGUAUUAAAUCAUUGCACAAAUUUUUCAAUUUUUCUCUGACCUGGCUAUAAGAAGAAAAUGAAUAUAUAAUUAGAUAAAAAAAAAAAAAUUAAAAAAAAAACCGUGGCUUUUGAAGCCUGGUUAUAAAUCCGACUAAUCCUUUUUGAUAUUGUUAUAAUUCCUCGUGCGUAAUCUGUAUGCUGUUUAUACUUAUAAAACCGUGAGAUUAUUUCGCGAUUUCUCGAAAGAAAUUCUCAUCCAUCCGACCGUUUCGAUCACAGCAGCAAUAAAUCGAGGACAAGGGGAUUGAAGUUAGUGAAACGCGACGGAGGAAGUUAUAAAUAAUGAAAGAAAAUUCUCGUUAUACUUUCCCAAGUUACCGAAUAAAAUACAGUCAGCGGUAAUUAAUCGAUAGAGGCUUACGAUCACAGCGUUACGAGACCUUUUUUUAACCAAUGAAAUAUUAUAUACAUGUUAUCUAUACUAAUAUAAUAAUUUUAAGAAAUGUAGAGUGUAAAUUAAUCAUACUAUCGAUACAAUCUCCAGACGAACUAAAACAGAUCGAAAUAAUCAGGGUUAUAAUGAUUUGUGGCAACCUACGAAAAUAUAUGUCGGCGCUCAGCAUAUGAUGAAAUGAAAUUCCGCAGGCAAAUGAAACCGAGGCAAAAAUUAUCAAAAUUAGAUUUUUUACCCAGUACAGUGCCAAACCCGGUGUGGAAAUCAAAAUUAGUCAUUCUUCACAUUGACGAACUUUAUCUGUAGGAUUGAAUUUUUUGUGGAUUUACGAAAUGAUUAAUUAAGACUGCUUUUUAUAUCUAAAAAUAAAUAUUGUUAAUUACGGACGAAUGAUUUGGAGAAUAAUUAAUACUAUAUAGAACGUAUAUAAAACGACGGGAGUACGGCGGAGACAUAACUAUACCUAUAAUAUUAUAUACAAACUAAAAUUUAUCUAAAGUUAUGUUUUCAACGGAUAUCAAAUAGAAUAUUCAAAGAAAAUGAAAAACAGAAUAGAGUAAAAUUCUCACCCAACUUAUUAAUUUAACAGCAAUAAAUAAAUAAUAGUCUAUGUUGUAUACUCAUGAUGCUUGUGUGUAUAAUUACCUCAUAUAGUUGAUACAGUUUCAUAGUAAAUGUUUACUAACUAUUAAUCAAUUAGAUCAAAUUCUGAGAUUACUCAUUUGCUUUCCUAUUCGUCUAUUGGCCGCUACACGUCAAUGACUUCGGUACAGCUUUAAAUCCCAUAGCAGCGUACGUCGUUAAUGAAUAUAAAUAAAUAUAAUAUUUAAUUAUAAUAACAGCGUAUUAUCUCAAUCUCGGGUAGCUCACCUUCGAGAUUGGUUAAUUUAAGCAUUACUAAUACCAGUGUGCAC